AUGGGUCUAAUGACAAUUAUCAAAUUGGGAUAUACUAUGCUUAUAGUUGCGUUCCUGUUAAUGAUAUGGGCAUCGCUCUCAGGAGCUCUGGAGCUGCACGUAGACACUGGGCACCCACCAUGUCUCUUCCAAGCCCUGUGCACCUGUUCUAAGCCCGCUGGCGAUCUGGGCAUCGUGACUUGUAAGCAUGUCCCAGUCCUGAAGGUUCCGGCUGCAGUCAACAACUCCAAAGUAUUCACGCUUCAGCUCACUGGAAAUAGGAUCAGAGAUUUGGAGCCACAGUUCUUUCAAGCCACAGGACUCUACCGACUGGCAAUAAAUGAAAAUCCAUUAGAGACGAUACACGAAGAGGCAUUUUACGGUCUAGACAACACGUUAUGGGAAUUGGAACUGAAGCAGGACAAACUAGCAGCAGUGCCGAGCCGGGCGCUGAGGUAUCUGCAAAAACUACGCUUGCUGGACCUUUCAGGCAAUGAAAUAACGGAUAUCUCUGGAGAAAACUGGCGAGGUUUAGAGAAUACUCUGCAUACGUUGAUCCUAGCUGACAAUUCUAUUGCGAGUAUACCCCUUGAUGCCUUUUCUGGAUUACCAAUGCUGGACACUUUGGACCUGCGAGGAAACCACUUGUCUGUCAUCGACAGUGGCGUUUUUCGAGAUGGCAUGAAUAGAUUGAAUAAGCUACUUCUGGGCAACAAUCAGCUAACUUUAAUCCCCUACGAGGAGAUAUCACCGCUGCGUCAGUUGCGCUACUUGGAUCUAUCCAAUAACUUGAUCAAACAAGUGCCUCCCGCUCACGAACUCAACGGCAUCACUUUAUCUCUCGAUACUUUGAAAUUAGACAACAACAAUAUUAGAAUACUUUUGCCCGGUUCGUUUAAAUACUUCAAUGUCUUGAAUACAACGUGCUUGGAUGGAAAUCCAAUAUACACGAUAAGAGAAGACGCAUUCCGCAAUGCAAAAAUUCGAUCUCUGUCACUACGAGACUGCGGCGUUACUGAACUUUCUCCCGCUUCCUUCGCUGGUCUAGAAAACACGCUGCAGAACCUGGAUUUGUCUGAAAACAACCUUACUAUGAUCUCCAAGUUUAUGCUCAAUAAGUUGGACUCGCUUAGAUUCCUGAAUCUGCGAGAGAAUAAGGUGGACACGAAUUUACUAUCGACUGGCAACCCCUCCGACUUCUCAGUAACUUCUGUUAAUAAUUUCCAGUAUAAACUGUUCUAUUUAGACAUUAGCGGGUCUUCGCCUAUUGAAAUGAGCUUGCAAGACAUAAGGAGAAUGCGAUCCCUUCGCUUCUUAGCGGUAAGUAAGCUGAUUCGGCGAAGUAUAAGUUCGGAGGAUUUUCUAGAAUAUGGCCUUGAAUUGGAAGAUCUCAAGAUAUUCGGAAGCACUAUUACUAAGAUUGAGGCGAGCGCUUUUCAGCAUGUUAGGACCAUCAAAACCCUGGACUUAUCAGAGAAUAACAUUGACUUCAUCGACCCAUUCGCCUUUGCUGAGUUACAUAGUCUAACGACGUUGAAAAUUGCAAACGGUCUCGCGGAUUCUGUAAAAAUCCUGCCAUUCGAGCCGCUGAAGGCUCUUAUUGAAUUACAACAUCUGGACCUCAGUAAUAACAAAUUGAAAAAUGUACCGGAUACGUCCUUCCAUUUUCUUUAUAAGAUGAAGACUUUGAAUCUGCAGGAUAACCUUAUUGAACAUUUUUCUAAAGGAACUCUGCAGGGCGAUAUACAUAGACAACUACAAAGCAUUUACCUAUCCUUCAACAAAAUGACAAAAAUUGUACAACACACAUUUGUAGACCUCAGGGAGCUUCAAGAAAUUCUAAUUGAAGACAACUUGAUAGAAACUAUCGAACGACGCGCUUUUAUGAGUGUUGAUAAUUUGAAAGUCAUCAGAUUGCAAGGAAACAGAUUAAAAGACAUUAGCGAGGAAGCAUUCCAAAAUCUGCCUGCUUUAAAAGAGUUGGAUAUAUCAUUUAACCGCUUAGAAACAUUUAAGUUCUCGAUAUUCGACCAAGUGGGCUCAGCUACAGCUUUGAAAGUGAAUGCUUCCUUCAACCAAAUCGUAUCGUUGACCGACUCCAAUGCACCAAGUUUCUUUUCAUCGAACUUCUAUCCUCCACCUAAAGCGCAAAGUCUCGGAACGGUGUCUGUGAACAUAAGAGUGUUGGAUUUCUCUCACAACAAUAUAUCCUACAUAGCUCCCUAUUACUUUAGACACGCUGACUUGACGCUAUCGGAGUUGCAUCUAUCUCACAAUCAAAUACGAAACAUAACAAGGGAAGUAUUUGGCUCGAUGCUCAUGUUACAGUACCUAGAUUUGUCACAUAAUCAAAUAUUCCACAUGGAAUAUGAUUGCUUUAAAAAGGUCAAGAAUUUGCAGAUUUUGAACUUGGCGCAUAAUCAUCUAGUUGAACUGCCGGUUGAAGUGUUCCAUGAUAUGCAAAUGCUGACAUCUGUUGAUCUUUCACAUAAUCGUAUCAGGAAUUUGGCUGACAACCUUAUUUUAUCGGCUGUUCUGGAAAGGUUAGAUUUAUCAAACAAUGACUUAUCGAGAAUGCCCACAAAUGCAUUAUCACCGGGCGCAGCAGCAAACCUUGUAGAACUGGAUUUGAGUAGCAAUACUGUUCCGGCAGUGGCCAUUCCCGAUCUUGUUCAAAGAUUCAGGAACUCCGAGGCGGGCGAGUUUUGGCCCGACGAUAGCGACUACAGCGAUGAGUACAUGUACCACACCGCUAGGCGAGAUCACACCAGAGUCUUCCACCAUAAAAAGCAAUAUCCGCAGAACAUAUUCUACAAGUCUUUGGCAUGGUUAGAUCUGUCGAAUAAUCAUUUAGUAAGAAUAGAGAGUGGAGCUUUUGGGGCACUGCCUAAGCUUCGUUGGCUGGAUUUGAGCAACAACCUACCAUUCAACAACGGCGAUCGUGGUGGAAAUGUCUUCAAGGGUUUGGAAAGACGGCUAUCAUAUUUGGGAUUGAAGAACGUCAGCUUGCAAACUAUACCGUCUUUGCCCUUACCGAAGCUUAAAACGUUAGACCUGUCAUACAACAAUCUACCCUCGCUUCCUACGGACACUACAGCUAAUCUGACUCGUCUAAGGGCACUCGACUUGUCAUUCAACGACCUCACUAAAGUGCCUGUUGCGACACACUCUCUAAGCGAUCUCCGUUGGUUGUCUUUAUCGGGUAAUCCAAUUACAGCUUUGAUGAAUACAAGCUUGUAUGGGUUAUCUCCACGUCUUGAAUAUCUGGAUGUUACUAGACUUCGCUUAAACAUUUUGGAGUACGGAGUGUUCAGCAAAAUGUAUGGUUUGAGGACAUUAAAAAUUUCUGUCAAUGGCAAUGUAAGAGAUUUUAACGUCCCCAAAAUGACAUCACAAAACGCUGCUUUGGAGAAUUUGUAUCUAUCCGUGGAAAACUCUCAAGUCGAUCUGGGUAACGAUAUGAAGGGUGACCUACCAUGCAAAUUAGAUAACAUCACAUUAACUGGACGAGAUUUGAAGUUUAUAUCACAGAAUCUGUUAAAUGGCGCUUGCUCACGAGAGAUGCGAUUAACAAUAUUCAACACAAGUAUCGAGGAUAUUUCAUCCGAAGUGUUCUGGAGGCAUGGUCGUAUUAAGAAUUUAUCUCUGGAUCUGAGAAACAAUCGGCUGAAGAGAGUUCCCAAUCCAGCGCGCAAGGAAUGGCCCGGUGUUCCUAACAAUUUAUUUUUGAACGACAUCCUCAUUGCUAGUAAUCCUCUCGUUUGCGACUGUGGCAUCGGGUGGGUACAAGCAUGGGACCGUAAAAGAAGGCAGUAUCUUUGUGACAAUCCAUCCAAUUGCGACGGUUUGGAUGAUGUCAGACUUGCCACCUGCCCCUCUUACCAGAAUAGAACUCUGAGCGAUAUUAUAGCGAAGGAUCUUGACUGCAGCUGGAGUAAAGGUUAUCAUAGCACGGUGUCCAACAUCAUCACACUGCUCGGCGUCAUCGUUGCCUUCUUUGUCAUUUGA